GCUUGUGAAUUGCGUUCACAUCAUCCUCCAAAGAUGAGAGUGAGAGUUUUUAAAGUAGAAGUUGAACACCCACUUUGUUUCCAGUUAUGGGUUUUGGCGCCCCAUGUGUUCCCUCACCCAUCCCAAUUCUCAUGGGCUACCUCUCUUGCAAUGCCCACUCCUCAAUCGCCACCUGCCACCCCCACCACAAACCCCUCGCCGCAACACCAAUCCGACACUUUCCCUACGCCGACAUCGUCGCCGCCGCCAACGGCUUCUCCUCCGACACCUUCCUGGGCCGAGGCAGCCACGGCAGAGUCUACAGAGCCACCCUGGACGCCGGCAAGCUCCUCGCCGCCGUCAAAACGACCAAACUUGUCGCCACCAGCACCUCUAAAAACCACGCCACCAAAUGCACCGGCUGCGGCAACUGCACCAGCCCCGCCGAAAACGAGAUCGAGAUCCUCUCCCAAAUCCCCAGCCCCCGCCUCGUCAACCUCAUCGGCUUCAGCACCGACCCAAACGGCAACAAAUUACUCGUCGUCGAAUACAUGCCCAACGGCUCGCUCCACGAUCUGUUACACUCCGUUAAAAAACCGCCCGGUUGGAACCGUAGGGUCCGGUUCGCGCUUCAGGUCGCAAAAGCGGUUCGCGAACUACACUCUUCCAACCCUCCCGUUAUUCACCGUGACGUUAAGUCUUCCAAUGUUUUAAUCGAUCAAGAAUGGAACGCCAGGCUCGGUGACUUCGGCUUGGCCUUAAGGGGACACGUGGAGGACGUUCGCGUCAAGUGCACUCCCCCCGCGGGGACCUUAGGGUACCUCGACCCGUGCUACCUUGCGCCGGAGGAUCUUAGUGCUAAGAGCGACGUCUUCAGCUUCGGAAUCUUGCUCUUGGAAAUAAUCAGUGGAAGAAACGCUAUUGAUGUUAACUUUAGCCCUCCGUCUGUGGUGGACUGGGCGGUGCCGUUGAUUAAGAUCGGCGACUUUGCCGGAAUCUGCGACCGCCGAAUCGGCCCUCCGCCGGACCCUGCCGUGGUGCGGCAGCUCGCAGUGCUGGCCGCCAGAUGCGUGAGGUCGACGGCGGAGAAGCGGCCGUCGAUGGCGGAGGUGGUGGAGUGUCUUAAUCUGGCGAGGAAGAGGAUCCGCGCGUCACCGAUUUGGAACAGUCUGCGGCGGCGCGUGGCACGCGUCGAGAGCGCGCUUCCGGUGUUUGACGGCAAUGAUUGUGAUGGGAGUGAGGAAUUUGUGAGGAUGGUGAAUAAAGGUGGGAGUGGGAGUAAGAGGAACGGGAAAGUAUCGAGUGUGUCGCGUGUAGGGUAUGGGAGUGAGGCCUCCAAUAAUAAUAAAGUGAUGAGGUCAAAGUCCAUUGGUUCUGGUUCGUUGAAAGGGAGUUGGGUCAAAAUGCAACCGCACCAAACGGAGAAUGAAGGGUUUGGGAGAAGGAAGGUGAAGCUAAAAAGGUCAAAGUCUAUGGGGGUUUUGCAAGGUUCGCUACUGAUACAUUAUGGCAGCGAGAAUGAUGUAGUAAUUCGUUCGGGAAUGGCCAAGUUGGUUGUUAAGGAUAAGUUGGAAAAACCGUUAGUGAAAUCGCGUUGAGGAUAGAGAAUGAAGGAAUCAUUUGAAAUUGGAUUGGAUUGGUUUCAUGCAGCACAUGUGGGAGUGAAUAAUAAUAUCCUUGCCUUGCAAAAGAGAGAGAGCGAGAUAAUGAGCUGUUUGAUGUUUCACCUGCUGUGCCUGUGAAUGUCAUAUGAUUGGGUUGGGUUGCUUUUUUUCAAAACUCAUUCAUUAUUUCUGUUCCAAGAAUCGGAAGGACCAAUGUUUUUUGCAUUGGAUGCUUUUCACCAUUCAACCAAAUUUGUACUGUAAUUCUGUGUCAUUAAUACUUUAACUAAUACGGAACUUUUGCUGUAGUCCUAAUCUAUUCUUUAUUUUGGA